AUGUUUGUUAGAAAUUUUAUUAUACCAUUAAAUAGAAAAGAUCUUUUAACUCAUUCUAGUAACGAUAAUUUUUAUGUGGAAGAAGAAUACGAUGUUAUAAGUUUGGGUGAAAAAUUAGAGUUCGCUAAAACAGCAUUAAACGAGGAAGGAAUAGAUUUUAUCAUUGAACAUUUUUCAUGCAUGUUCUCAUUGCUUCAAAAAUUUAAACAAUGCUCUCAAAAUGUGAAAGACAAAGGAUGGAAAAUUCUUAAAAAAAGUUUUAAUAUAUUAGUUAAAAGUUUAGAAAAUUUAUUUGAAGAUGUUUCUUGUAUAGAUUCAGAAUUACAGUGGAAAAUGUGUAACAUUACAAAAAUGAUAGUUUAUACAGUUAUAGAAUUUAUGAAAAUUCAUCAGGAUGAAAAUAUUAAACAAAGUAAUAAAGUUCUUGAAGGAAAGCCUCGUAAAAAGUUGAAUAAGGUUAUUAAUGAAGAAUCCGAUUGGGCUGAAGAAAAAAGAUUGAUUUUGAUUGAAAUGCAUUCUUUUUUGUUACUUCCAUUAAAAUUGUUAUGGGAGCCUCCGGUGGUGGAUGAAGAUUUUGUUAAUUUAAUAGGUAAUUUUUGCUACAACUGCUUAGAAGAUCCCAUGAUCAACAGUGUCAAUGCCAAGAGUAUAAAAGAAACAAUUUUUCAAAUAUUAGGAGUUUUGAUCAAUAAUUAUUUACACGGGCUAAGUUUUUGCGUUAAAGUAGUUCAACUAUUAAAGACUAAUGAUCAUUUGGUUAAUGCACUUUCAUACGGAGUUACUUAUUUAGUUCAGGAGUGCAACUGCAAUUCCAUUGUAAAAGAGAUUGUAAGAGAAGUUGCAGAUACAGAUGGAGAUCAAUUAGCUGUUGAUAUUUCUGGAACGAGAAAUCUUAAUUUAUUUAUAGUUCAGUUGGCAGAAUCGGUACCGAAAGCUAUUAUUCCAGCCAUCGAUUUGCUUAUUACACAUUUAAAUGGAGACUCGUACAGUAUGAGGAUAUGCGUUGUUGGCGUAUUAGGAGAAAUCGUAUUAAGCAUUUUAACAAAAGAAAAUCUCGAUGACAAUUACAAAAAAAUGAGAGAUGAAUACCUUACUUGUCUUGAAGAACACAUUCAUGAUGUGAAUGCUUUUGUAAGGACAAAAGUUCUUCAAACAUGGCAAAAAUUAUGCUUGGGGAAAGCUAUUCCAGUAUCAAGAAUCAAUAGAUUAUUAGAAUUAGUUAUAGGAAGAUUAAAUGAUAAAAGUACAAAUGUUAAAAAACAAGCUGUGCAUUUAAUUAGAGAUUUGUUGGAAGGGAAUCCUUUUUGUGGUCAACUUAACUGUUUGGAAAUUCAAAACCAAUUACAACAGGAAAAAAAAAAACUUGAACAAAUUACAAACAAUUACAUUUCCAAAACUGAUAUUGAUAAAUGGGAGGAAAUAAAAAAGAAUUUGCUCGAAAUAAUUUCUACAAUCGAUCAAGAUAAAGAUUCGAGUAGUGUAGACAAAGAUUUUGAUGAAUCAGUUGAUGUAUUAAUUAACUCGAUAGGAAAUUAUUUAAUGAGUGGAGAAUAUGAGAAAGCAAUCAAAAUGACAUUUAAUUUGAAAAAUGAAUUUUGUAAACUUUACGAUAUCGAGAUAGAAAACUGCGUUACGGAAUCAUUAAUUGAUAUCUUACAUAAAAUUUACACUCAGAAAAAAACUACAAUUUUAACCAUUUCGCCUGAAGAUCAAGAAAAAAUAGAAAAGCACAAUGUCGUCAUUGAAUAUUUGGAAAACACGUUGGAAUUUUCAAAACUGAUUGAUCUGGCACUUCCGGUUAUUUUAACUUUCUUAGACUCAAAUGUUACAACCGACGUACUCGAGGCCAUUAAUUUUUUUUCAUCUGCUUAUUUGUUCGGUUUUACAAAAGCUUUAGAAGGGAUUAGAAAAAUGUUGCAUUUAAUUUUUUCAAAAGAAUCCAACAUUAAAUCUGCCGUAUCGAACGCUUAUAAAGAUUUAUACUUUCAAGCAAACGGAAAUGAAAGGCAAAAAUCACUCACCACCGUCGAAAAUUUAAGUCAACUCGUUUUGAAACUUAAUUUUAGUCAAUUGGAAGCAUUAGAAGAAGUCGUUAAAGAAUGGGUUAAAACGGAAAUUAUCGAUAAAAAUAUUGUUCAAGUUAUUUUCGAAAAAUUUUCCGCAAAAAAUUCAAAAUCCGAAAAUGAAAGCAAAUGUUGGGCCGCAUUAGUUUUGAUAAGAAUGAUUGGAUCGGAGGAGCCGAAAAUAAUAAAAAACAAUCUUUCGAUACUUUUAAACGAAGGUUUAAAAAAUCGCGGAUCAAAAAAUUUUUUCAUAGCCAAAGAAACAUGCAAAGCUUUCCAAUUUUUAGUUCCUUCGAAAGAACCUGGAAAAAAUUUCGAUCACAGCCUAAGGUAUCCAAGAGAUCACGAAAUAUUUAAAGUUUUGCAUAAUCUAUUGAGAAAAGGGAUUUGGAAAACGGACGACCAAUAUUUUAUUCCCAUGGCGGAAGAAGCCAUUAAUUUAACAUUUCGUUGCGUUGAAAAUCCGGAUAAAUUUUCCUGUCGGUUACUGCACGACAUGUACAAUGAUAUACUGUCGAAAAAAUGGUUGAAAUCGAAAAAUGAAAAAGAAAUCAAAGACAUAAACGAAAUUAUAAUUAUUUUACUGACUCGUUUUAUUUCGAUAUUGGGUCAAGUAGCAGCAAAUUAUGUGAAAUAUUUGGAAGGACCCAUUUUGGAUGAAUUAAAGUUAAGAAAUCAAUCCGAGUAUGAAAAGAAGUUGAGGAAAAUGGAAGAAAAUAAAAAAUUUAAUAUUUCGAUUAGAAAAAAUAGAAUGUUGGAAUUUAAUAAAGUAGCCGCAGAUGACAUGGAUAUAGACGAAAUGAAAAAGAGGACGGAAAAUGAAAUUGUCAAAGGAGGAGGAGGAUUUUUAGCCAAAUUCGUUCCCCUCAUAUUAACAAUUUGUAAAAAUCCCGGAAAAUACAAUAACAAACCUCUUCAAAAUGCGUCACUCAUAACUCUGUCGAAAUUCAUGCAAGUUUCAUCGAUUUUCUGCGAUGACAAUUUACAAUUGCUCGUGACGAUAUGCGAAAAAAGUCAGAUAAGAGGAAGGCAGGAAAAUGCAAUAAUCGCUCUGGGUGCAUUGCAAUACAGGUUUCCGAAUAAUUUAGAACCUUGGACUCCUCACAUGUACGGAAUGUUGAAAAAUUCAAAUCCUUCCGUCAGGUACAAUUCGAUACUCAUAUUAACCGACCUCAUUGUUAACGAAAUGAUUAAGGUUCGAAGUCACAUUUCAAGUUUGGCCGUUUGCGUUGUCGAUGAGGAUGUCAAAAUUGCAAGAGUCGCUCGACAUUUUUUUCGAGAAUAUUCGCAAAAGGGAAAUUCUCUUUACAACGUUUUACCGAGUUUAAUAUCGAAUUUAACACAAAGGGAAUCCCAAGUAUCGCCGGAUAAAUUUAAAAUAAUAAUGAAAUUUAUCCUGUCGUUGGUGACGAAGGAAAAACAAUUUGAAUAUUUGGUCGAGAAAAUUUGUCAAUAUUUCGAAUCGGCGACGACGGAAAGGCAAUGGUGCGAUCUCGCUUAUUGUUUAUCCCUUUUAAGCUACGGAGAAAAAAGUUUUAAAAAAAUAUACGAAAAUGUAAAAAGUUUCGGUGGUAAAAUGUAUUUGGCAGAAGUUUACGAGGCGUUUUGCACGAUCAUCGCCGAUGCGGGAAAAAAUAAUCAGAGGGAUAAAGGGAUCGUGAAUGAAUUUCAAGAAUUGGUGAAAGAGUAUCGGGAUAAAUGUUGCGGUAAUAAAAUUGGAAAUUUAGAAAGCGAUAAUAGAAAAGCGGCGCCCGUGAUGCCGAGCAAGAAAAAAACGAAAAAGAAAAAAUAUUUACCCUCCGAUUCCGAAGAAGAAGAAGAACAAGAGGAGGAAGAAGAAGGAGGAGGAGGAGGUGGUGGUGCGACGAUAGAAGACAAUGAAGAUAUAAAAUCCGUUACGAAAAAUUUAAACAAACGUAAACACGAGGAAACGAAUGUAAAAAAAAAAAAUUUGAUUCGGGAUUGUAAAGAAGAGGAAAGUCGGGAUUCGGAAGAUUUAUUCGAAAAAGAUGAAAGCGAUGAGGAUGAUUCAGGGGGAGACUAUUCUUUAUUGGCAGGGAAAAAAAAAAAAAAAAAAAGAAGAGGUUUCGAUUCAGGGUCGCCAACUGUGAACGGGUGCAAGAAGAAGAGUGUUCUCCUCUAUGGAAUGAAUUCAAAUACUCCAACGCGUGUUAGGUAA